AUGUCCGAACAACCAAAGGAAGAAAAGCCCGACAAUACGCACAUCAACUUGAAAGUCAGCGAUGGCACCGCCGAGAUUUUUUUCAAAAUCAAAAAAACAACGCCCAUGAAGAGAUUGAUGGAGGCCUUUUGCAAGAGACAGGGGAAGUCGAUGGAAUCUUUGAGAUUCUUGAUUGACGGCACCCGUGUGUCGCCAGACAACACUCCGGAAGAUUUGGACUUGGAGGACGGUGACGUCAUUGAAGCUCACAGAGAGCAGGUGGGCGGUGCUUUGUGA